GACACACGCUGUGGACUUUGGAAAACCCAUUUGGGACUUACAGACUGUUUAAUAGGCCAUAGCGGACUGACCAUGAGGCUACAAUGGGCCAUCUCUUUCCUUCAGGCUUACCUGAUGCUGGCGGUCGCCAUGUAUUUUGAUCUGGGCGAGCAGGAGGAGCGAUGCAUCAUUGAGGAGAUUCCCCAGGACAUGCUGGUGACAGGAUAUUUCCUGUUGCAGCCGUGGGACUUUAAGUCGUCCACCCACUCGCCUCACCUUGGCGUCACUGUGACGGUCAGGGACCCCAACCAUGAGGUUUUGAUGAGCAAGCGCUACGGAAUCUUUGCAAAAUUCACCUUCACGGCACACGCGUCCGCUCAGCACUUCCUCUGCUUCCAAACCAAUUCUACCAGUUUCUCCGUCUUCGCUGGAGAACGUCUUAAAUUACAUUUGGAUGUUCAGAUAGGCGAGCAUGUUAUGAAUCCGAAAGCCGACAGAACCAAAGACAACUUGAAGACACUGGAAUACGGGCUGGAACAUCUCAUUGAUCAGAUGGUGCUCAUCACCAAGCAGCAGGAUUAUCAGCGGGAAAAGGAGGAGUUCUUUCGUCAGACCAGUGAGGACACCCACAGUACAGUGCUGUGGUGGGCCGUGGUGCAGACCAUCCUCCUGCUUUUGGUCGGUUUCUGGCAGAUGAAGCAGCUCAAAGAUUUCUUCAUCGCCAAGAAGCUCGUCUAGUCACCAUCUGUCAAUCAUGGGAAAAUCACGUCAUUUACUUGAAGUACAUUAUUGCCAUGGUGAUUACUUAUACAUUUACAACUAAGAACAGGGCUUCCCAAACUGUUUGGGAUUAUUCUGGUUCUUCCGAGGAAUCCUAAAUUAAUACAUGUAGUAUGUACAGUAAUUCACUAACAUAUACCGUACAUAAUCUAUUUAUAAGAAUCACAGCAAACAUUUUGGGCCCUGAUACACAGUGUGGGAAACCCUGCCUUAAAAUAGUCAUAACAUUAAUUACAGUACGGGUUUAUAGCUCGAAAGCAGGUCGUGUUUUUUUUCUUCACAAUUUAAAACAGUUCCCAGCUGUUUUAGAAGCGUCUGUAGCAUGCUUUAAUCAAAAUACCUCGAGGAUGAAAAAUCAUACACACAUUUUUAUAGAACAUUUCUUGCUAUUUUGAAAUUGGCUCAUUUCAGGGCCAAACAUAUCGCCCCCAUUUUGUCCUACAAGCCCAACUUUGGUUCUAUCAUCAACUCGUCAACUGCUUGCCUCAAUUAGUAGAAGUAGAACCCGGAGUAACCUCGAAGACAAUUAAAGCAUUUUUGUGGUGCAUGGACACAUUGCCAAAAACAAAAACUGCCGCUGUACCCUAGUUGCUAACAACUUCACAGAGCAAUAAAGAUCUUCAAAAACCAA